AUGAGUCAAUAUCCUGAUCCUGAUGAAGAAUAUGAACUUAUGUACUCAGAUGAAUUGGAGAUGAUGAGAGACGUCGAAGAUCAUGUUGAUCCAAAUCCAAUUAGAAAAAAGAUGAAUCUAGCUAAAAGAUCUCUUGAUUUUUCUAGUACCCCAACAAAUUCUCCUGUUACAUUAAACCAAGAUAUAAACAUACCUAGUACAGACCAAGUACUUAUUAACAAUGACAACAAUACUAUUUCACAAGAUGAUAGACUAUCACAUAAGAGGACUGCAGAAGAGCUAUUUGGUGAUAUUGGAGAUAUUGAUUUUGAAAGUCUACAAUUGCCAAACAAAAAACAAAAAACUGAAGAAGAAAGUGAUUUUGACUUGAUUAGUAAGAUAAUAGAGGGACGGCGAUUGAGGCAAAUGUUAACUGAACCAAGUAAUAGAAUACAAGCAGAUACCAAAUUCUACAUUGUAAAAGAGAAUUUGUCUUUAGAUAUACCUAGCUGGCCUUUUAUGGCUUUAACUAACUCAGAUGGCAAUCGUGUUUAUGUAAAGCUAGAAUCUGAAGAUUCCUGGAAUACAUCACUGGAUAAUUGUACCAAUGAAUUAUCAUUACAUGCUUCUCUUGCUAAUGCAUGGGAAGAGGCUAGGAAAAUUUUAGAAAAUAAAACUCAAGUGUCAAAUCAAAUUGAUGAAGAUGUUAUCGAGACACCCAUAAAUGAGAAUGUUGACCUUUGGGUAGACAAGUACAGGCCGAGUUCAUACAUAGAGCUUCUCUCAGAAGAACCUGUGAAUAGAGCCUUAUUGCAUUGGCUGCAUUUGUGGGAUAAGAUAGUAUUUAAGAAGGAUGUAAUAGUUAAAGAACCACAACAGCAGAAUAAAUUUGUAAAGCGAACUGGACAAUUUCAACUUACAAAUAAGUGGAAAGGGAAGAAAGAGACAGAAGUAGUAAUGGAUGACGAUGGAAGACCACACCACAAAGUGGCUUUACUUUGUGGACCUCCCGGGGUGGGUAAAACCACUUUAGCCCACUUACUGGCUAAACUUGCAGGUUACAGGCCAGUGGAACUGAAUGCAUCGGACGAGCGAAGUACGGAAGCCUUUCAGACAGCUCUUCAAAGCGCCACUCUUAUGAGAUCUGUCCUCGAUGCUGAUAAACGACCAAAUUGUCUUAUUUUAGAUGAAAUAGAUGGCGCUCCAACGCAAACAGUGGAGCUUUUGGUAAAAUGGUGUAUGGCAAGUUUGAAGGAGCAAGGCAAGAAGAAAGGCAAAAGUCAUCCUUUAAGGCGACCAGUUAUCGCUAUUUGUAACGAUUUAUAUGCGACUUCGUUGCGACAACUUAGACCAAUAGCACUGAUAGUAACAGUGAAUGGGGUGAGCCAGGCUCGUCUGUCCGCUCGUCUAGGAGUAGUGGCGAAGCGUGAGCACAUAACGAUCAAUCCGCGGCUGUUAACCGCGUUGGCUGCGCGUGCGCAGGGCGACGUGCGCAGUGCGUUACACGUGCUUAGUUUUUGUAGAGCGAGAGGAAAACCUUUAAACAUAGACGAUAUAGAAAACACAUCGUUCGGUAUGAAAGACUGCAAUAAGACAAUGAUGCAAGCGCUCCAGACAAUAUUCGCAAUCAACGACAAAGACCCGAAUGCAGCUCUUAAGAUAAUACAGGCCGCUGGUGAAUAUGAUAGAUUAGCUGAGGGUAUAUUCGAAAAUUAUUUAUCGGCGAGGGUAGAUGCACGAUUACACAUCGCCUGUGAGACGACGUCGUGGCUUCGUCUAUACGAUUUAGUAUACGCGUGGAUUUUGAGAAAUCAGAAUUAUUCGUUGUACGGAUUGUUGCCCUACUGUUUAUCGAGAUGUCAUACUGUGCUCGCGUCACGGCAGCCUUUUAGGGUCAAGUUUCCUUUGCAGGCGCAAGAUAUGUUCCGGAAAAAGGCUGAACUCGAAAGUAUAGUGAGCUCAGUAUGGCGGGGAAGUGUUCCAUCUGUACUGAUCGGGAGAAAAACUCUCUUACUGGACGUCAUACCUCUUUUGCCGUAUUUGUUGUCGCCACAAUUGCGAUCAGCGAAUAUACAGCUCUGUAGUGAAAACGAAAAGAAAUCGGUAGCGAUAUGCGCGGGCGCAAUGUGCGACUACGGGCUGCAGUACGUACAACAACGUACACCUGAAGGAUUGUACGCGUUCGUACUUGAGCCAGACGUACAUCGGGUUGCAUUUAUGGAAAACCCAGAUCGCGUAAAGACAAAUCCCACAGUGCGUCAAGCGAUUGCGCAAGAGCAACAACUGGAAAUUAUACGAAGAAAUGAUCAAAUGAUGACAAGAAAUUGUAAGAAGACUGAAGAAUCGAAGAGCACGAGAAAAGAGAAACCUAAAGCUGAAGUAAAACUUCCAAAUCAUUUGCAAAGGUUACAACCGAAGGCUAUAGAAAAAUCAACACCUCAGAUGAAUAUUUAUGGUGCGAAGUUUGGCCCGCAAUGA